AUGGAUCAUUUAUUAUUAAUUCAUGGAUUUGAAACUAGAUGCACAACUCUUGAUCUUAGAGAUAUUUUAUUAAAGCUGUUGGAACAUAAAAAUGUUGAAAAACUGUGGUUAGAUCCAUAUAGGGAAAAUAGAGCUGUUGCCAUGUUUAAAGAAAACUUAGACCUCAGUGAAUUAUCAAGGUUAACUGCAGAUGAAUUGCUUGGGGAAAUCAUUCAGCCAACAAAUAAGAUUUUCAUUAGAUCAUUUGGGACUUUAAAAUUUGGUGUUAAGAACAAGCUGGAGAUGAUGUUUAAAAAAUAUAUAUAUCAAUACAAAGAUUUAAAUGAUGAUUGUUUUGAAGUUUUUUUCCAAGGAGGAUGGGAAACUGUUUUGGCUGUAUGUGGAAAAGAAUGGAGGAAUGGUGAGCAAAAAUUGACAGUACUUCCAUAUUUUGAUUGUUUUCAAGAGCCAUUUGAUGAGCAAACUGAAAGAUUAUCAAACAAUAUGAAAUUUAAUUGCAAAGUUGUUGAGUCAGAAGUAGCUUCAACUGAAUCAAGUGCUUGGAUACAAAAUCAUCCUACACAGAAUACAGAAUCAACUGAUAUUUCUGUAGACAUACAACAAUUGACUUUACAAGAUGAGACUGUAGAAACUUUUGAAAAAUCUACCCUCAUUCAUUAUGAGCAAAGUAUAAUACCUUGGAUUCUAAAAAUUUUAAACUUUGAAAAAGCUUUGAAAGAAACCAAAUUCCCAAGUAAGGUAGAGAUAAGACCUACAGAUGUUACUAUUGCUGGAUCUGCAUCUUUGGUUAAGAAAAUGCGUCAAAUAUUAUUAGAAAAAAACUUCAAGAUGACUUUUGAUCAUUAUCAUGAAAUGCUGUUCAGUGAUGCAAAAGUUUUGAGCCAGUUAAAGAAAAUUGUGGAUGACUUUUGUUAUCAUAUUGUCAUAAUUGGCUCAGACGAUCCAAAAAUGCUUAUUGAAGAUAGAAUUGGACAAUUGGUAAUUUUGCCAAUCCUUGUUCGCAAACUGGUGAUGAGAUUAAAAACAUAUUUGUUUACAAACAAUUUAAAUUUUGAUAAUUUGGUUAGGGAUGUCAAUUCAAACUUUAAAUCAUUUCAUAUUUUGGCUGAGGGAGAAAAGCUGAUACUCUUUGCAUUUCAAGGUUAUAACAAGGAUGAUUUGGACAAUGUCAACAAUUUAGUUUUGUCUCUAAAUCCUUGCAGUAUAGAAGAUACGCAGUGCAGUUCAGUUAACAUAGAUAAUGAAAAUGAACAAAGUGAGCAAGUUAAGAAUUAUUAUUUCCAUUGUGAAUCUCCAUUGUUGGCUUACAUAAGAAAAUUUCUCAAAGAUGAGAUUGUUAGCAUGAAAAACUUGGAUGCUUCAAAAAGAGCAUGUAUUACUCUAGGUCAACAUGGAAUUAAAAUUAAUAAUAGUUCUGAUAAAGUAUUUAAGACUAUUGAGAAACACUUACACGACAUAUUGAGUAAAAUAUAUGAUAAAGAAUUUAGAGUUACCUUUCCUGGGCUGAUUUCCUUUUUGAAUACAGAGAUGGGACAUCAGCUGCAACAACUGAUCUCACAGAAGUAUCAGUGUCAAUUUGAGUUUCCACAGAUGAAAAUUGAAGCUUCUGAGUUGAGGGAUCAGCUGUAUGAACUUCAAGACACCUAUUGUGCCACUGAAUACAAUAAAGCUGUUCUGAUAAAAACAGCCAAGUGUACAGGAUUGAAUGUUCAUCUUGUUCAAGGGGAUGUUAUGGAAAUAAAUCAAGAUAUGACAGUUGAAUUUGUUUCAUCAAAUGAUGUUGAGGAAUGUAUUAUUUCAACUCACAAAAAAACAAGAAAUGUAACUAUACUUCUUCCAAAAUGGAAAAUACCAGUUGAAACACCUGUUCAAGCCUUUAGUAAAACAAUCAGAGAGAGUUUGAAAAAAUGUGUCAUCCUCAUGUUUCAACAAGCUGUUACUGCUCAGUGUUAUAAGAUAGGAAUUUCAACAACUCUGAUGCAUGACAGCAAAUAUCCAUUUCCCUUAGACGCUAUGGCUGAGAUAAUCAUUGAUCAUUCCAUGAUACUAAAAGCCAAGUCAAAUGAAGCUCAGCUUGCAGGCAUUUUGAAAACUUUUGAUCUAUUUAUUUGUGAAUCGGUCAAUGAAAAUGUAUUUAAAGAAUUUAUGUAUUAUUUGAAUAAAAAGGGCUUUCAUAUUGAACAGCAAAUAGAAAAAUGCCUUGCUGGUUUUUUCCAUUCAGCUACUUCUGGUUGUAUGGAAGUUACUUGUCUGGAAAUGUUACCUUGGACAUCUUAUUCAGCUGUUUAA